AUUUAUUUUAUUUUGUUGUAAAUAUGAAUUUUUUUUUGUAAUGAUGCUCAAUAACAUUAGAUAAAAUGGCCAAAAUUUGGCGAUUCGUAUUCACCAGAAUACAUAAGAAUAAAACAUUCCUUUUUCGUCUUACGGCAAUUUUGUUAAUUAUAUUUUAUUUCACUAUCUGGAAAAGAUUGUAUAACGCCGAUGAAUUUCAUUUUCUGAGAAAUAAUAAACCAUUAAAAUAUGGACAUUUAUAUGAAAAAUUAAAUCCAGUGAUUCAAUCAUGGGGACAAAAUGGUCAACCAGUUGAGUUGAAUGCUGAUGAAAAAAAAUUAUCUGCCAAAUCCUUUCCAUCGGCCGCUUUCAAUGUUUACAUAAGUGAUCGUCUCAGUCCUAACAGAUCAUUACCUGAUCCUAGGCCUUAUGAAUGUGCUCAAAUUAAUUAUGAUCUUGAUAAUUUAGGCCAUGUAUCUGUAAUAAUAAUAUUUACAAAUGAAAUUUGGUCUGCAUUGAUUCGUACCGUUUGGUCAGUGGUUAAUCGAACACCGAAAAUUUUACUUAAAGAAAUCAUUCUUGUCGAUGAUUUCAGUGAUAAAUUUGAACUGUCCGAACCAUUACAGGAAUAUGUUGACCAUCAUUUUGGUACUUUAGUCAAAAUAAUCCGGUUGCCAAAACGUGAAGGUUUAAUUCGUGCUCGACUUGUUGGAGCACGACAAGCAAAAGGUGAUGUACUUCUUUUUUUGGAUUCUCAUUGUGAAGCCACCGAUGGUUGGCUAGAACCAUUGAUGAAAGUGAUCAAAGAAGAUCGAACCAAUGUUGUAUGUCCAGUGAUUGAUAUCAUUUCGGAUCAAGAUCUUGAAUAUUUGGCUGGAAAUCGUUAUUAUUUUCAAGUUGGUGGAUUCAUCUGGUCUGGUCAUUUUAUCUGGAUCGAUACCGACGAAAAAAGUUUGAAAAAUAAUCCAACAAAAGUAGUUAAAACUCCUACAAUGGCUGGUGGAUUAUUUGCUAUAAAUCGGGAAUAUUUUUUCCAAAUCGGUGCCUAUGAUGAACAGAUGGAAAUAUGGGGUGGUGAAAAUCUUGAAUUAUCAUUUCGUCUAUGGCAAUGUGGUGGAAAACUUUACAUUCAUCCGUGUAGCCAUGUUGGCCAUAUAUUUCGUGAUUAUCAUCCAUAUUCAUUUUUGGGUAAAGAUAGCCAUGGAAUGAAUACAUUACGUACAGCAUUGGUUUGGAUGGAUGAAUAUGUACGAUAUUUUUUUGUUCAUCGUAAAGAUCUUAAAUCAAAAAUCAAUCAAAUAGAUGUUUCAUCUAGAAUUGAAUUAAGAAACAAAUUGAAUUGCAAAUCAUUUCGUUGGUAUUUGGAAAAUGUUUACACGGAAAAGAAAUAUAUCUAUGAUCAAGAUGUCAUCGCAUAUGGAACUGUUCGUAAUCCAAUCACAAAUUUAUGUAUGGAUAAUCUGAAUAAAGUGGAAGAAGAAAAACAUGAAUUAGGUGUCUAUGAAUGUAUGGAUGUACCGUUGGAUGAAUGGACAAAUCAAAUGUUUAGUUUCAUGAAAACGGGUUAUAUACGUAGAGAAGAAGGAUGUUUAACCAUUGAUGAAUAUGCAACACAUCGUGUUUUACUUGCAAAAUGUCCAAGUAAAAAUUUUAAUACUAAUAGAAAAAGAAAACAUUUUAUACAUAAAAAAAUGCAAACAUGGAUCCACACUAAAGGUGGACAAAUUCGUAAUGAACAUUUUAAUCUUUGUUUAACAACAGAAACGUUAAAAAGUUCUGAUAAUAUUCGCGUUGUUGAAUGCAACAAAGAUGAUCUAUAUCAAAUAUGGUGGUUUCAAAAAUACACGGACAUUCAAUUAUAACAAUUUUUUUUCUGUGAUAUAUAUGACCAUAAACAACCUUUAACCUUGUGCAACUUUUUUUUUCUUUGUCAAAAAAAAUUGGCUUUUACAUAUGCCGAAAUAUUUGAUUGGCUUUUAUAUAUUUAUUU